AGCUCAGGAUAUAUAGACGGAUUGUGUGUCUUGGCGAGCAGGAGUCGCCCCUGGUUUGUUUCCCUAAAGAUUCAUAGAAGAAGGCAUAUCUCACUAAUCAGUGCUCUCAACGUGCCAGUCUAUAUGCAGACGCCCUGGGGGUUUCCGUCGAUCUACGGAUGAGACGCCUCUGGAAGCGCGAGGCUGAGGGGCGCAACUUUUCUUAUUUCUUUGUCUCAAAUGAGCUGCGCUUUGGUGAAUCGAAGGGAAUAACUCAACAAUGGCUCUGCGAUGGGGUCAUUCGCAUGGAUUUCUAAUCUACCUGUUUCUGCUGGCUUUAUGGCGUGCAUGUUCUGAGGCAGAUGUAUCCGGCCCAGAUGCCUUUAAAAACAACAUUACCCUUUUCACACGGAUUUUGGACCGUCUGCUUGAUGGCUACGACAACAGGCUGAGACCUGGUCUUGGAGAUCGAGUAACAGAGGUGAAGACUGAUAUCUAUGUGACCAGUUUUGGACCAGUAUCAGAUACAGACAUGGAAUACACUGUGGAUGUGUUUUUCCGUCAGCGCUGGACAGAUGAGCGGCUGAAGUUUAACGGGCCAAUGAACAUCCUGCGUCUCAACAACCUGAUGGCCAGUAAAAUCUGGACUCCAGACACUUUCUUUCACAACGGCAAGAAAUCUGUGGCUCACAACAUGACCAUGCCUAACAAACUACUGCGGAUUAUGGAGAACGGCACUCUACUGUACACUAUGAGGUUGACAGUGCAAGCUGAAUGCCCAAUGCAUCUUGAGGACUUUCCAAUGGACUUCCAUUCCUGUCCGCUUAAAUUUGGCAGCUAUGCUUACACUCUGACAGAGGUGACGUAUGUUUGGACUCGUAAUGCCACCUUAUCGGUGGAAGUAGCUCCAGAUGGAUCUAGACUUAACCAGUAUGACUUAAUGGGACAGACUGUUGGCAAGGAAACCAUCAAGUCCAGUACUGGUGAAUAUACAGUGAUGACUGCCCAUUUCCAUCUGAAGAGGAAGAUUGGGUACUUUGUGAUCCAGACGUACCUGCCUUGCAUAAUGACCGUCAUCUUAUCCCAAGUCUCUUUUUGGCUCAAUCGAGAGUCUGUCCCCGCACGCACAGUUUUUGGUGUGACUACAGUGCUAACGAUGACCACUCUGAGUAUCAGCGCUCGAAACUCUUUACCAAAGGUGGCCUACGCCACAGCCAUGGACUGGUUCAUUGCUGUGUGCUACGCAUUUGUUUUCUCUGCUCUCAUCGAGUUUGCCACAGUAAACUACUUCACCAAGCGCGGCUGGGCCUGGGAUGGCAAGAGCAUUGUCAGUGAUAAGGUAACCAUGACGACACAGACCGGGCUUUGA